AUUAGUCCUUCCGAAAUACAUAUCAAUUUUUCACAGGCGGCACCACUAAUAGCAUGGAAGUUAGUAACAAUCAAGAUGGCUGCUACCAACUCGAAUAUAUCCAGUGAUAGUCCAACCAAGAAGGAGGACGAAUUCAAUGAAUUUUAUUCCGAAGUGAAAGAAAUAGAAAAAAGAGAUUCGGUAUUAACUCCCAAACAACAAAUUGACAGACUACUUCGACCUGGCUCAUCGUAUUUUAAUUUAAACCCUUUUGAAGUAUUACAAAUUGAUCCAUCCACAUCUAUAGAUGAAAUAAAAAAGAAAUAUCGACGUAUGUCAAUUCUUGUGCAUCCUGAUAAAAACCAAGAUGACGCAGAACGUGCACAACAAGCAUUUGAAAUUGUUAACAAAGCAUGGAAAACAUUGGAAAACGAAGAAACUAGAGCUAAAUGCAUGGAUGUUAUAGAAGAAGCAAAAGCUAGAACGGAUCAUAUGAUUGUAGAAAAGAAGAAAAAACUGAAAAAAGAGGGAAAAACAGAAAGUGCAAAUAUACUUGAAGAGGAAACAGAAGAAGGUUAUAGACAUGCAGUUUGGGUUAUGACAAUGAAACUUUUUGCUGACAUGGAGAGAAGAAGAAGGGAAUUAGCUACUCGAGAUGCGGAACAACGUAAAAGGAAACGGGAAGAAGAACUAUCUGCAGAAGCACAAGCUGCAUUAGAACGUGAGUGGCAAAAAAAUUUUGAAGAAUCUCGACAAUCAAGAGUUGAUAGUUGGAAAGCUUUUCAGUCUGGUGCUAGUGCCACAAAACAAAAGAAAGCAAAAAAAUUGAAAGCUUUCAGGCCUCCUAAAACGAAAGCUGAAUCACGAUAAUUAAGUAACUGUUCCUGACACCUGGCAUAGAUUCUUUUAUUUGAUCAGCAUUUCAUAUUUCUUGCAAAAAAUGUAGUUUAAAUAGCAUGUUUUCACUAUGUGACAAAUUAUUGAUUUUAUUAGAACUAAUUGGAAUUGUUCUCAUUUAAAAUUCGUUUCUUAAUUAAGAAUUUGUUAUUUACAACUAGUUAAAAAAAUUAAAAUCAGGUGUCAAAGUAGAGAAUGAAUUGUAAACAGAGUGAUGAGUACAUUGAGCAGCAAAGUGUGAGAAUGAUUAGUGUAUGUAUCGUUCACAAAUAAUUUGUGUGUUUGUUGAAUCUACAUGUAUGUAUGAACGUACAUAGUUGUGAUAUAUUUACAUGGCCCGAACAAGUUCGACUUUAAAUAAAAGCUUGAUCUAAUGAAAUGUAAGACAAUUUCCAUUUGUACUAUACAUACAUUACAUAUGUAUUGUUGGAUAACAAAUGUCAAUUUUAUGAUAUACACGUACCUCAUAUUUUUAUCUGAAAUAUACAAUCACAUGACACAAUGCUUUAAAAAAAAACAACAUUUAAGUUAUACAAUGUGUUAAAUGAAAUUUAGAUUAAUAUUUCUUACUUUUUCAUAUACUUUUAUAAAUUACUGUGGAAAGUUUGCAUAUAUCGUACCAAUAAUUGACAAUUAAAAAAAUAUUGCUGUUUUAAAGCUACAAGAUGAUUUGAAAUACAAAAUAUAAAGAUAAAGGUAAAGUAUGAAUGUUCUUCUGCAGAAUACAACCUCUGCUUACAUAUUGUUAUAAAAAUUCGACAUUAUGUAUUGAUGUCAUGUGUGCACAAAGUAUAUUUAUCUAACAAUGUAUAAUAUAAUUGUUACAUUAUACUAAGGCAAAAUAUUUCAUCUGCAUUUCAUACGUAAUGCGGAUGAAAUUGUGACGCUUUUAUAUACCUUUGUUUCUUUAUUCACUUUCUUUUUCAAUUUUGGUAAAUAGUUUGCCGCUGCACUAACAAUCAUAUUUUGCACCUUGAGUGACAUUACAGUAGUCAUAUUAACAUCUAGAAUUUGUUAAUCGCUGAUUUUAAAUGUGCUACGAACAAAACAAUAUAUAUAAAAUAAUUUAGCGUAUGUUUCCUUUGGAAAUCAAAAAUUGUAACAUAUUACAUUCCUUUUAGUUUAACAAAACACUCUAAGUAAGUGAUACGACAAUAUUUUACGUUCAUUGCCAUCGAAAUAGUUUAACGGGCCAUGUAGUUAUAAUUUUCGGUUUUCAAUAGAUACUCGCAUAAUGGAUGUUAUAUCGCGACGUACACUUGGUCCAACUGUAAUUUGUAAGAUUAUUGUAAGAAGACAAAUUUCUAAAGCAUAA